UCGAUUGAAAACAGCUGCACAUAAAAUGGCACUAGAUUUCGUUGCUGGAUGUAUUGGAGGUUGUGCGGGAAUCGUAGCCGGCCAUCCCUUAGACACCCUGAAAGUACACAUACAGUCGGGUAGAGGCAGCCCUUUACAAUGUGCAAAAUCUCUUCUCAGGGGCGGUACGAUCAGCAACAUAUAUCGUGGUGUAUGGGCUCCACUAGGUGGCAUAGCAGCUGUUAACGCAAUUGUUUUUGGUGCAUACGGAAACACCAGAAGGGCUCUAUCGGAACCAGAUUCAUUAAAGACCCAUGCCAUGGCGGGAGCAGCAGCGGGCGCUCUCCAAAGUCUAGCUUGUGCACCUGUAGAACUUAUUAAAACUCGGCAGCAGCUUGCCAGUGCCGGCGAGGGUAUGCCCAAUGGAGCCUGGGCUGGAGCGAGACAUAUAGUAAAGAUCGGAGGAUUUAAAGCUCUUUUUCGGGGACUUGGAAUAACGGUGGCACGUGACAGCCCAGCGUUUGCGAUUUAUUUUACCUCAUACGAGUUUAUGACGAGAGGUGAUAAAUCGGUAUCUAGAGUGUUCACAGCGGGCGGGGUGGCGGGGGCACUUUCCUGGGUGAUCUUGUAUCCGAUAGACGUCGUAAAAUCACGUUUGCAAGGCGACGCUAUUGGCAAAUACUCUGGUGCUUGGGACUGUUUCGUGAAAUCGAUCCGUUCCGACGGAUGGCGGUGCAUGACCCGAGGCGUGGUUGCUGUGACGCUGCGAGCUUUCAUCAGCAACGGCGCGUGCUUCACCGCAGUGGCGUGGACCGAGCAAGCCUGGCAGCAUUGCUCAUCGGGCUCCGCAGUCAAAACGCUGGCACAGGCGGCCGUUAUCAGCGACGCAGUGCGGCACCACGAAAGUCCCGAUUUACGAUUUGACAUUUAA